AUGCCGCUCAAGAGCAAUCAGCGCACACCACUGCUCGCUGUCCACUCACGGCCCCGCAGGAAUCAUUCCACACGUUGUAACAGCCUAUGGAGGCCCAUUGGGUUUAUCUUGUGGGUUGUUCUAGCGGCUGGUGUUAUCAUAUUUCUCGCCAAAAGAGACACGCGCUCGUUAUCAUUAUGCCUGUCGGAUGCAGGAGUUUCACACGUAGUGGACGGUUCGAAGGACUGGGAUCGAAUAAUAUCGCCCUGGAACCUACGCUUGAGAUAUACGCCGGCAGCCGUUGCAAUUCCGCAGACCAUUGACCAGACCCAGGCUGCCGUGUUGUGCGGGAUAAACCACCAGUUGCGCAUCAGUGCCAAAGGUGGCGGUCACAGCUCUGGAUCGUACGGUCUUGGAGGUGAAAAUGGCCAUCUGGUUAUCGACUUCGAGCAGAUGGACCAGGUAACUCUUCAUGAUAACCACACUGCUAUCAUCGAGCCUGGAGCGCGGCUGGGACAUGUCUCUGUGGAGUUGUUUGACCAAGGCAGAAGAGCAAUCCCACAUGGAACCUGCCCUGGAGUUGGUAUCGCGGGCCACGUCUUGCACGGCGGAUAUGGCAGGGCUUCACGUACCCAUGGUCUUACCCUGGACUGGUUGAAAAGCGCCAAGGUGAUUCUAUCUGACGGGUCUAUCGUCCAUUGCUCUGCGACCGACAAUAUGGACCUCUUCUGGGCGAUACGGGGUGCUGGGUCAUCCUUUGGCAUUGUCACCGAAUUCGAGUUUGAUACAUUCGAGUCACCAGAGAGUGUCACUGUAUUCACCAUCAACCUACCCUGGAGCGAAAAAAGCGUGAUAGAAUCCCUAAAAGCAGUGCAGGAUCUCUCGUUGAUGGCUCGGAAAGACCUCAACCUUGCUUUUGCUGUCACCGCAUCUAGUCAAGCUAUUCGCGGGUUGUACUUCGGCGAUGAACACGAACUUGUCCAAGCAUUACAGCCUCUCUUGGUCCAUCUUAAAACGAAACUGUCCGAUGUUAAAUCUGUCAACUGGCUAGAUGGACUAAGGUACUUCGCAGAUGGUGAACCAUUGGUCCGCCCGCAACCAUACAAUAUGCACACAACUACUUACACGAGCAGCCUCACAACUCCCCCACUAACUAACGAGCAAAUUGGCGUGUUAGUGUCGACCCUCUUUACCAACAUUAACGACACUAAUGCACGUCAUUCAUGGGACAUACUUUUUGAGUUGUACGGUGGCCCAAAGUCCGCGGUCUCCCAGACUGAUAUAGCCGCUACAUCGUAUGUGCACCGUGACAAGUUCCUCCUCUGGCAACUCAAUGACUUUGGAGAGAAUGGUGAAUUACCCCGCGAGAGUUUUGCAGUGCUUAAGCAAAUCAUGGACAGCGUUACACAGUCCAUGGGUGAUGGAUAUUGGGGCAUGUAUGCCAAUUCCAUAGACACCCAACUGGACAGCAACACGGCACAAAAGCUAUAUUGGGGAGAUAAUUUACCUCGACUACGGAAAAUCAAAGCGCGACUUGACCCUGGCAAUGUGUUUUGGAAUCCCCAGGGUAUCUCUCCGUCGACCUAG